GCAACUUCUUCGUCAAACUCUCCGUCUCUCCCAUCCCGCCCGCUCAAGCUCAAUUCCCAACGCCUGCAACUCAGAGAAAAUUCUCCGUUCUGCCAUGGCCGGAAGAGGAAAGGCACUGGGCGCCGGCUCCGCCUCGGCGAAGAAGCUGAGCUCCUCCCGCAGCUCGAAAGCCGGCCUCCAGUUCCCCGUCGGCCGCGUCGCCCGCUUCCUCAGGACCGGCAAGUACGCCGACCGCCUCGGGGCCGGCGCCCCGGUCUACCUCGCCGCCGUGCUCGAGUACCUCGCCGCCGAAGUUCUGGAGCUGGCUGGGAACGCGGCGAGGGACAACAAGAAGACGCGAGUCGCGCCGAGGCACAUUCAGCUGGCGGUGCGCAACGACGAGGAGCUGGGGAGGCUGCUCGGCGCCGUCACCAUCGCCAACGGCGGCGUCCUGCCGAACAUCCACAACACGCUGUUGCCGAAGAAGGCCGCCGCCGGCGCCGGUUCCCGGAGCUCAGUCGCCGUCGACGACGCCUGAUUGACCUUCGAAUCCUUUUUUGUAAUCAUGUCCAGACCAGUGUAGGAGAGUAGAGAUCGUUGGUAGGAACGCCAGAAAUGUGAAGGUGGGUUUGAGGUUUCGAACGAUUUGACAUGUAAAUUGAAAUCGAAUGCCAAUUGGAGACUCCUGAUCUGGGAUUGGAU